CGACAAUACUGCAUACAAGCCUGCUUGUUAGGGCUUGUACGAAAACGUCCGAUACUUGCCCAAAUAUUGGCGCAUACCGUACUUAUAGGGCUGGCAACAAACAUGCCUUGGGAAGGAAGUCACUUGCAAAACUUAUAUUACGUCAACUCGCCGAAGACCCCGACAAUGGAUGCGAGCGACUUAGAAAGCAAGGUGCUCGUGGCGCUCUGUUCAGAUUGACUCUGGAGGUAUAGAUAUACUUUCGUUGCCAAAGGGACUGUAACGGCAUUCGAAGCCAAGUUGAAACACGAAGGGUUGGUUUACCGGCACUUGGACGAAGUUCAAGGGGGCAUCAUACCUGUCUAUCUUGGGAACAUCUCUCUUAUCCGUCCUUUCUUUCUUGACUUUGGGGUCGGAAUAGUUCACAUGUUGCUUAUAUCAUGGGCAGGCAAGCAGGCGCGCAAGGAUUUGGUAUUGGGUAUGGGACGGGAUUUGGCUGCGGAGACAAGCGGGG